UGCUGCACUUCCCUGAUUGAAUUUCAGUCUUCUCGUUCUCUCUUCCUUUAGAAAGGAAGCUGCGGUCCUGUUAAUCAGAUUUCAUAUCUUGCUCUUGCGGUGGGUGUAUGUGUGGCUGCCUCGGCCUUGCGGACUGUAUGGAGCUGUCAGCCCUUGGAGAUAUAAAUAGAAGCUGAUUUCAGAGGCCCCUGUUGACAGGGUUUUGUGUCUGAGCCUCCAGCUCAGCCUGUCACAUUGCAGCCUUGUGACAGGCGGAAGCUAAUUCGCUCGCCCAUGUGAUCUGCGCUUCUGAGAAAUAUUGAGGAAAGCAGUGCACAUGUGAUGGCACUGGGAGUUGGCUUUUCAAAGGAGUGGAGCUAUAUCUGUAGGAACACUUUAGCUAGGUGUUCCAGUAGGGAGGAAUUGGGAAAGUGUGUAAUUUGUCUGGUCUGAAGACCUUGUUUCUGCUGUUGCUGGUUCAGAACCUGAUACAGCAAAACUUAACGUACUGGAUAGUGGAUUCCGCUUGCAUCAAGAUGACUCAGGAGACAAACCAGACCCCAGGGCCUAUGCUGUGUAGUACAGGAUGUGGAUUUUACGGAAAUCCUAGGACAAAUGGGAUGUGUUCUGUUUGCUACAAAGAACAUCUUCAACGACAGCAGAACAGUGGCAGAAUCAGUCCAAUGGGACCAGCCAGUGGUUCAAACAGUCCUACCUCAGACUCUACAUCUGUUCAGAGAGCAGAUACUACUAACUUAAACAACUGUGAUGGUGUUGCUGGCAGCACAUCUGAAAAAUCAAGAAAUGUGCCUGUUGCCACUUUGCCUGUAAUGCAGCAAAUGACAGAAAUGAGCAUUUCAAGAGAGGAGAAAGUAACACCGAAAACAGAGACUGAGCCAGGUUCCUUGAACAGAGGAGAAAGGGUACCUGCAGUAACUGUAAUGUUCUCACUGAGAUGGAUUUGUUCUCAUUUGCUUACUUGUGAGCAUGUUAGGCAGUGAUAAAGGUUGUUUUUUUCUUGCUCUUAGUGCAUGCUGUGAGUGACUUCAAUUAUUUAGGUCAUUCUUGAUUUGCCCCUUUUAUCCAUUUUCUCUUGCAUCUGACUGAAACUGCAUGUAGCCUCUGAGGGCUCAUACUGUGAAUUGGUUCUUAUGCAGAUGAAGCUUCCCUCUGGCUAGUUGCACAGCAAAUUGCAGUAUGUAGAAAUAUUUCUGUUUUUUUCUGUCAUGGCUUACGUUUAUCCUUGCAUUUUUAAACAAAUUAACAGUAUAGCAAAUCUAAAAGGAGUUUGACUGUUUUUUGGAUGUUGCCUGUUUUCUUUAAUGCCAUAACUGGUGCUUGAUAGCACCCAAGAGUUGUAUGCUGUUUGUCAUAUCAAUGUGCUUUGGCUUGUUUUGGUCAGAGCUCUUACAUGGAUUGACUGAUACCAACUACUGCUUUCUUUGGAAUUGAAAAAUAAGCUCAAAGCAUCAUAACUGGAAACCUAGAAAAUGUUAAUAAAUCAUAAAUACAAAUAAGUUCCCUCAAAAAACAUAGCAGAGGUUACUCCAAAAAAGUACUGACAACAGUAAUGAUUGUAGUGCAAGUCCUGUAAUAUUUUGUUACUCUUGGAUUAAGCAAUAUACCAAACACUUCACCAUUUUUUUUAGAAAAAGAUCUCUACAAGACAAAAAAUAUAAUAAAGGACCUUUAUAAUCUAUUAGAACUAUUAAACAAAUGUUUAAGAAAAUAUUAGCAGCAUAUUACAGUCUUACUGUAUAAAAUUUUGGAGGUUUGAAUGGUGAAUACUUCUUGUUAUCUCUGAGAAUUAGAACUUGUCACUUCUAAAUCUUACUUAGACCCCAGACAGGAAUUCACAGCCUGUCUUCCAUAGUGAAUUGUGAAGCUUUCAAGGUGUUGGGGAUAGUAAUGAUCUUUUAUUUUUCAUAACACAUACAAACAUGAUAAUAUAAAGAAAUUAAU